AAAGCUUUUUUAUUGGUCUGGGAGUGUGAUUUGAUGCUGAGAACAAUGUGUUUGUCAUAUUACAAAUUACAUCGCAGCCAUAGAAAUAAGGAUUGAAUUGAACUGAAUUAUAUAAGAGGAAACGAGCUGGUUAUUACGUACCUAUACAGUGUAAAAGAAUCACUACGAUGAGUCGUCUUUCAUUUGGUGACAAAUCUCCAGUGUGGAUAUGGAAGACGACAAUCCCAUGGCUUUUAGUUUUUGGUGGAAUAAUCUUCGUGAAUUGCCAUCAUGAUGGCGAAGGUGGAAAACAGCACUACCAAAGCGCUACUGGAUUUUCGAAAGCGCGUCGGAUUACGGGUCGAGUACUGCGAGAAGUUAUGGCAGAUCGGGACCCUAACGUCGUUGCUGAUCCUAUGUCUGUUUUUCCUCAGGUGCAUCGAACAUGGCGUCAUGUCCCUGUCGAAAAUUCUGCUCACCCCAACUGGAGAGACGGUCACUUAGAAAAGCUGAGACUGGAGCUUCCCUUAAAUGAGUCGGACCCAAUGCAUCACACAGUUCUGCACCUGACCUUAAACAGGGGUCUACUCUCGUCCGGCUAUUUCGAAAAGUUUCAAAAAUCUGGGAACUACGUUGUGAAUGUGCCGUCGUAUGAGGAGGCAGAACUGUGCCAUUAUCAGGGCGUCGUGGAGGGUCGGCCGACUUCGCAGGUGGCCAUUUCAACGUGUCAUGGCGGAAUUAGAGGCGUCAUAUUUGAUGAGGAUGAACUCCACCAUCUUGAACCUGUCGUGGCAGACAAUAAAUUGCAACCGGGCAGUAGUCACUCUUGGGAUAUGAUCCAUUACAAAGGGAUCGACUUCAGAGGAAGAUUAUCGCCUGUUUAUGCCACUCUUAAUCCUUCUACCUCGCCGAAAAAUGUCUCCACGUCACCAUCUCGUAUAAAACGUCUUGCAUCUGCCUCAUCCAAAUCUAACUUCCCCCCGGGUAACCCCCGAUACGUUGAACUCGUCAUGGUCGUCGAUUUCGCCACGCACCGCCAUCUCGGUGGGGACGAGAAAGCUUCCGUUCAACGGUGUAAAGACGUUGUCAACAUUGUCAACGCGUUGUAUAAACCGUUCAACAUUUAUGUCGCGUUGGUCGGCGUGGUCGUGUGGAAUGAGAAGGACGAGAUCCCCAUUUCCCCCGAUGGUGAUGAGACCCUCUCGCAAUUUCUUCUGUAUCGACGAGAACACUUGGUCAAAGACCAUCCCAACGACAAUGUGCAAUUGCUAACUGGGGUGGAGUUACAAGAUGGCCAAAUAGGAAAAGCCAUGCUGAGCACGAUGUGUACCUAUAAAUAUUCCGGUGGCGUUAGUUCUGACCGCGGUAUAAAUUUGGUGGGGACCGUAGCCACGAGGGUGGCUCACAUGAUAGGUCAUAACUUUGGACUGUCGCAUGACCAGAAGGACUGUGACUGUCCGGCGGAAGAUGAGAAAUGCAUAAUGGACCCUUCAGCAAGCCCAAUUUCAACCUCACAUUGGAGUUCGUGCAGCAUAAUGGAGAUGGCGAACGCGUUCGAGCACGGGAUUGACCAUUGUCUCAGAAAUAAGCCGACCAGUCUAUACAAUGGUCCCACGUGCGGAAAUGGCGUCACUGAACCGGGCGAAGAGUGUGAUUGUGGACUUCCGGAAUAUUGUGACAAUCCUUGUUGUGAAGCGUCCACUUGUCUAUUUGCUGAAAAUGCAACCUGUGCAUCUGGAUCUUGCUGUGAUACGCUGACAUGUAGCGUUAAAACGGGUGGAACACCUUGUCGCAAAACAAACGGGCGUUGCGAUCUUCCCGAGUUUUGUACAGGAACAUCGGAGUUUUGUCCGGAGGAUGUAAAAAUAUUGGAUGGGUUAGAGUGCGAGACGCCGAAUGGAAAGGCGUUCUGCUACUCGGGCGAAUGUCGGACUCAUACCGACCAGUGUAAAUUAUUGUGGGGUCCGUCCGGCAAUAAAUCAAGCGACCUCUGCUACCAAAGGAACAGCAAUGGGUCAAGGCUCGCUCAUUGUGGGUACGACCAAGUCACGAAAACAUAUGCUAAAUGCGCGACAGAGAACUCAAAAUGUGGCAUCCUCCAUUGUCUAAUGGACACUGACAGAUUGGAAUAUAGUUACGAAUCUGCCGCCAUACUGGCCUCAUUUUUUGUCAACGCAGGUGGAAGGAUUUAUCCGUGUCGCAGCGUCAUUGUUGACGUCGGCCUGAGCGAUAUUUCUCCCGGAAUGGUGCCGGAUGGCGCAUCUUGUGGACCAGGAAAGAUGUGCGUGUCGCAAAAGUGUGUCGAGUCCAAGGUCGUGAUGGGAGUGUUGGGGGACCUUUGUGGUGGUGGAGACUGUUCCGGUCAUGGCGUCUGCGAUUCGAACGGGCUCUGCCAUUGUGAUGAUGGAUAUGAGGGAACAUUAUGCGAAGAGGGGGGUCAUCCAACUUGACGGAUAAAUUGCCUAUUUUUGCAAUAUUUAGUUACAUAUUAUUAACACAUUUAUAUAUGUAAAUAAAUAUAACAAAUAUACACAUGUGUAUAUUUAAAAAUACAACUCAUAUAUGUAUGCAUGUAUUCAUACUGUAAUGCAAAUGUACAUGAAUGCAUAUAUGUAUGUACAUAAGACACCAGUACAAUUAUGUAAGAUGAAACAUUAUUCAACGACAAAUGGGUAUUGGACAUUGAUAGAUUUUUUAAUAUGAAGGCUGCAUCAUUAUACUUAUGUACAUACAUACAUACAAUGUGUUUAUGUAUCAAUUGAAU